GACAUUCGACGUUUGUGCGUGCUUCCGCGUUUUCCGUACCAUGCAGCACGUAUCAAGCGAUUCGAGAACCAGACAAAAACAAUCAAAGCAUAACCGGGAAGUGUGGUGAUUAAGCGUAUCGUCAAAUCCUGAAACACAGAAACCACAACAUGAUUGCAAACGAUUUAUUUCGGAAGCUCUCAUGCGGGGCCAAGUUUACGAGCAAAAAUAAACUUCCAUUCAAGAGGAAGCUCGAAAAUGUCGAUGCAGCAGCAAAAGUAAAGGUGUGCCUAAAGUCUGAAACAGACGACGAUGAGCCCAGCGUUACCCUUCCUGUUGGAAGUAAAAAGGUUGAAAAGGUGGAAAAAGAUAUCGAAAUUAAAAGCGAACCAGAAUCCGACGUUUCGGAAGACGAAAAGCAACAAAAUCCGAAGAGCAAGGACUCGGAAAAGCAAGCAAGGGCUGUUGUAAAGAUUGAGCAACAAAAGGUGAGCCGGCUGAACCAACUUCGCAAAGAGCUGAAGAUCCACGUGAAGAAAAGCCGGUACAGCCCGGAGGUGCCUACAAUCAUCGAAACUUUUGAUCAGCUUAGCACUGACUUUGGAGUAUCGAGCCGGCUAGUUUCCAACAUUGCCGCUUGUUACAGCAAACCAACACCGGUACAAAUGCAAGCCAUCCCAGUAUUGAUGAAGUCUAUUUCGCUGCAUGCUUACGCUCCCACGGGUUCUGGCAAAACGGCUGCCUUUCUCAUUCCGAUCCUGCACCAUCUAAAGAAACCGAUGAAGUGCGGCUUUCGGGCGCUCAUAAUUUGUCCAACGCGCGAGUUGGCUAGGCAAAUUCAGCGCGAGGCAUUACGGCUUGGCGAUGAAAUGAACCUGCGGACGCACGUGAUUCAAACAGUGGACGAUCCAAAGAAAGGUGAUUAUAGCUUCAGUAAUGGGCGCAGCUACGACAUACUGGUGACGACGCCCAACCGAAUCUGUUACCUGCUGUCGCAAAAUCCUCCGAAAAUUGAUCUGAGCAACAUUCAGUGGGUCGUGAUCGAUGAGGCGGACAAAUUAUUCGAAGAUUCUAAAAACUCGUUUCGCGAACAGCUCGAUACGGUGAUCACUGCAUGCAACAACCCGGCCAAAACGGUAGCCCUCUUUAGUGCGACUCAAACACGCGAGGUAAAUGAAUGGGUUGCUAGAAACAUCCCUAGCCGUAUCCGGUUUUCCAUCGGUCUUCCUAACGGAGCCGUAGAGCUAGUAGAACAGCAACUUCUAUUCACGGGUACCGAGUCGGGGAAAUUGCUUGCAUUCCGUGAGCUGGUAGCACGAGGCCUACACCCACCGGUACUAGUGUUUGUUCAGAGUAAGGACCGAGCACAGCAGCUGUUUACCGAGUUGAUCUACGAUGGCCUAAAUGUGGACGUCAUACACUCCGACCGUACACAGCGCGAACGGGACAAUGUUGUGCGUGCUUUCCGAGAGGGAAAAAUUUGGAUUCUUAUAUGCACCGAGUUAAUGAGCCGGGGUAUCGAUUUUAAAGGUGUCAAUUUAGUGGUUAAUUACGACUUUCCACCGUCCACCAUUUCGUAUGUGCAUCGUAUAGGGCGGACGGGUCGCGCGGGUCGACCGGGGAAAGCCGUUACCUUUUUCACCAAAGACGACACGGUCAAUCUGAAAAGCAUUGCACACCUGAUAAAAUCCGCUGGUGGCGAAGUACCGGAGUAUAUGCUUCAGCUGCACGGCAGCUCUAAGAGGGCACGCGAAAAUGUAGCACGGAAAGCGCCGAAACGAGCGGCCAUUCGAACGCUACCUACGUUCGAAUAUCAGCAGAUACAACGUAAGAAGCGUUUUGUUAGCAAAAGUAAAGGUAAAAACAAACCGUCAUCGAACGGUAAACAUGUUAAAAACAAGAAAAUCGCUCAACAACCCUCAUAAUAGAAAAGAUGGAGCAAAAAAUAAAAGUCACUUUUUUCGCAUAA